AUACACGUGUAUACAUACUUUAAUACAUUAAUAAGGUAUUACAAUACCCGCAGUGUUACCAAAAGCAGUGUCAUUUUUGUCACAAAGGACCGAACAGUUCAAAUCCUGGAAAAAUUCAUAAACGUCAGACAAAAACAGAUACACAUUGAACGAUGUCGGUACCCACGGAAUGCGAGUACCCAGGAUACACUGGUGAACGGCACCCGGAAGUGUUUGACGUCCGGGCCAUGCCCGCGCAGCCAGAAGUGCUCAAACCUGGUCAGUUGCCAAGGGAGAAAAUAGAGCAGUUCUUCACCAAGGGGUAUCUGGUCGUAGAGGACUACUUCACGCCUGAAGAGCUGGACCCGAUGACGCCUGUCCUCAACCAGUUCGUGGACAACGUGGCCAACAGGUUGUACAAGGCCGGCAAGGUCAAAGACGUGUACGCGGAUCUCGGUUUUCGGGAGCGGUUGUGUAAGCUGGAAGAGGAGUUUCCGGGCGCCAACAUACUCUGCUUCAAACAGAUGGGCAGCGUCCCACAGGCACUAAAGGCUAUCUGGGCCAACGAGCGUCUGCUGAACCUAAUCGAGCAGCUGAUUGGUCCGGACAUCGCCGGAAAUCCGGUCUGGAACCUGCGCACAAAGACACCACGCAACGACGCCACCACCGUCCCCUGGCACCAAGAUUGCUCGUACACGGACCUCGAGUCAUACCGUUGCCUGGUUCCCACCGCCUGGAUUCCAUUUGUGGACGCCAACGAGGACAACGGCUGUCUACAGAUAAUGGAGAGUGGUCACAUGAGCGGUCUGGUUGCUAGGCACCAGUGUUGCUGGGGAGGCACGUGGUACAACAUGCUUGAAGAACACGAGAUGAGAGACACCCUCGGGAUCGACCCGCAGACUCAAUUGAGGACGCUGCCGAUCAAACGCGGCAGCAUGGUACUGUUCAACAACCUCAUUCCUCAUAGAAGUCUGAACAACACCUCGGACCAUGUGCGUUGGAGCGUGGAUCUCCGGUGGCAGCGGGCCUCCGACCCCGCGGGCUUCUACGGACUCAAGGGCUCCGUCCUGAUGAGGUCACAUGACAGACCGGAUCUCAAGAUUGACUGGACAGAGUUUGAUGCCGUAAAUAGGCACGAAUUGCAAGACAAACUGCUUGCAGAUGAGAUGAAGUCUGUCCCACAGGACGACCCCGACUUUGACACGCGGGUUCCGGGUCCCUGGAUGCGAAAAUGGGAGAUAACCCAUGUCAAUAAGCACGUGCUGCAGCACCGGAAAGACGAGUCGGCGGGGGACGAACAUGCCAUAUGAUAAUAGAUCCAAGGGACGAACAUGCCAUAUUUUACAUCGUGUCAUGCGAAAAACAAGAGAUUGCCGAUCACAGACAAAACGGUCAAACGACCUUGACAUCUAGAAACGUAUUCACUGUACAGUGUUAUAUGUUGAAACCACUGUGUGCAUUCGACGGCCAAUUUAUAAUUUAUAGGUGAAUGUAUUCAAAUCUAUUCAAUUAUAGAGCAUUUGAACCAUUUCAUAUCAUUGUGCAGAAUAAACCAGAAUUCUAAUACCAAAUACU